UAAGCAGAAAUGGGAUGCAAAUCUUGCUAGCCAAAAGCAGCACAUAGCCAUAGUGCCACACUAUCACUGCAUCCGAGUUCGUACGUAGACAAGGCGAGAAUGAACAACACACUACCAGUAACGGCACCCACCGCACACGCGCCCACGCCGUCGCCAGCGCCGGCGCCGAAGCUUGGAGCAGGAAACAUGGCCAGCCGGUGGCGCGAGCUCCACGGCUCGGACUCGUGGAAGGGGCUCCUGGACCCGCUGGACGUCGACCUCCGACGCUCCAUCAUCGCUUACGGCGAGCUUGCGUCGGCCGCCCACGACGGGUUCAACCUCGAGAAGCGGUCACCGCAUGCCGGCUUGUGCCUGUAUAGCCGUGACCGCCUGCUGUCCGCCUCCACGGUGACCCACCCGGAGUACUACAAGGUGACCAAGUUCCUGUACGCGACCUGCGGGGGAUCAACGGUGUCGAGGUUGGCGACAUCCGUGCCAACGGUGACCAGCGCGCUCUUCGUGCAACCGUUGGGAAAGGCCGAGGGGACUCCGACGUCCAACUGGAUGGGUUAUGUGGCGGUGGCGACGGAGGAGGGAGUUGCAGCACUGGGGAGGCGCGACAUCGUCGUGGUGUGGCGCGGCACCGAGAACGACUUGGAGUGGGAGCAAGACAAGGACUGCCGUCAGGUGUCUGCUGCGCCGGUGUUGGGCCGCUAUGCUCACGACGAGUACAGGAACGCCGAGGUGCACCGUGGCUUCCUAUCCGUGUACACGUCCAGUGACAACAACUCCAUGUACAACAAGACCAGCGCCAGAGAGCAGGUUCUUGAGGAGGUAGGGAGGCUGAUGAAGGAGUACAAGGAGGAGGUGACCAGCAUCACCGUGACCGGCCACAGCCUUGGCGCGUCGCUCGCCACCCUCACCGCCAUCGACAUGGUUGCCAACGACGUCAACGUGCCCCCUGCCUCCAAUCAACCGCCGUGCCCCGUGACGGCGAUACUGCUGGCGAGCCCGCGAGUCGGGAACGACGCGUUCAAGUCCGCCUUCGGCUCAUUCGACCACCUGCGGGCACUCCACGUGGCCAACGCCAAAGACAUCGUGCCAAUGAACCCUCCCUCUGUGCUGCUGUUAAUGCAGUACGUGGACAGCGCCACGGCAACGAUCGUAAUUGACACGGACCGGUCACCCUACGUGGUUCACAAGAUGCUCACCCACCACGUCCUCGAGCUGUACCUGCACGGCGUCGCAGGGGAUCAUGGCGACAAGGCGGACUUCCAACUAGUUGUUCCACGCGACUUGGCGCUGGUGAACAAGACUACCGACCUGCUGAAUGACGAACACCAGGUGCCGGCGUGCUGGUGGGUCAUUCACAGAAAAUGCAUGGCCAAGGGCACCGAUGGCCAGUGGAAACUCGAUGACUUUGAAGAAGCAUAGUUAAGUCAAGGAUCGAAACAGUAUAAAACAUCGCCGCCAAUGGAUCCAUACGGCCUAUACUAUUUUUGUAUUUUUUUUUAAUACUUGUGUUUGGUUGUGUGUUUGCAUUUCAAUCAUUUUGUUUACCGUUGGUAUGUGGAGUAGAUGACGGCCUUACCGAUCAUUUAGUGGUAGCCGUUGUGUCUCAUUUCUCGUUAAACUCUCCCUAUAUAUUUCUAGUUAAACUCUCUGCCUAUUUAUUUUUUGUUUGUUUUUCAGUUACUUAAAAAGAAUUUGAGAGAGCUCGACGUUAUCCGUAGAGCCUUCU